GAGACGCUCAGUACGCUAGAAACCAUUGAGGAGUUAAGACGUGACGUACUACGCCGGGCCCUUUCAAGCCUGAGAGUGAUUAAAUCUGAGAAGGAAACGUUAACCCCCCCCCUCACACCCUACACCAGUCCUGGAAGUGAAGAUGGGUUGUUGUGUGAAUCGUGCCUCGUAAAAACAGGAAAUGUGUUGUGAGCAACAGUGCUUGGGUCUGAUGAUCUAUUUGACGAGUGAACAAGAAAACUAAACGUGAUCCCUGUUGAUUGGACCUGUGCCUCAUUCUGCAUGGAUGAAUGGCAAACAAAAUUAACUCGACUCAACUUGCAUCUUUUUCCCGCAGCUCUGUAAUCUAUACCGAAGAUCAGAUCCGUCCUAUACCCUUAGAAGGACGAAGGUCCUGUCCUACUGGUGUGAUGAGUUGUUAUUCGAGAAAAGGACGAAAAUAUCUAGAUAUUCUUAAAGGACGAAGAAAAGACGACAGGCCUUUUAAAAAAAUCUCCAAGAUCAAGGGAUUUAAAGGAAAUAGGGUUAUAUAUGAGGACGGAUUCUACUCCACCAGCCUCUCAAAUCUACACCAGGAACCAGAGAACACAUACUUUAUACAGAACACAGAGUUUCAUCAUAAGGAUUUAUCUCCGGAGGAGAACAUUUACUCCGAACUGAACUUCUCCUCUGAACCCCGAAGUACGGAUUUGAACCUGACCGGGAGAUCUGAAGAUACAGACCUUAAUCUAUCAACCAGUUCUAGAGAGAUAGGUUUAAACUUCUCUGAUAGCUCUAGAGAUACUGUUCUAAACCUCUCCAGUAUACCAGGAGACCCUGAGUUGAACCAAGAAGAAGUUGAACCUUGCUCCGGUUCCCAGGAUGAUGAAUCUCAGCAAUCCUCAUCAGAACUAGGUAACCUGGAUAUCAUGAAUACAGGGUUCCAAGAAUAUCUCCGGUUAAGCUCACCAGACUCAGGAUACAGAGAAUCCUCUCCAAGGGACGAAAACUCUCAGUUCUCCGAAGGAGAGAGAGGUAAAGCUAGACCAAGUGAAAGGAUUGUUAAGAACACCUUUAAUACAACAAAAGUCUCAUCCAAUCAGACUGGGAAAUGUGCUUUAGCUCCAGGAAGAAAAAUGGAAGAAUCUAAACCGGGUUCAGCAAGAAACAGAACCCUGAGUAAGCACGCUGUCCGGAGAUACAGCGGUGCUGAGCUGGCCUGGGAGAAAGGUUGUAGAUUAUCCAUCUCUUCAUCGAGUUCUAGUUCAUCAGAUAGUGAAUAUCUAGUGUCAGGGCAUCACAAUCAAUCUUACUCCCUAAAAACGGAUAAAUUCCAAAGUUUAUCCGUCCCUAGAGAUAGAACGGGCCGAAGUAAAUCUCUUUCCUCUGACAAAGAAGAGAAGAACGGUGUGUGUGAUCCAAGGUUUCAAAAACAGAUCAUCCCUGGCAGGGUUGAGUACGGGACGGAUGUCGGGAGAAACCAACAUUGCCUGGGUGAGAGUUUUCUCCGGGAACAUGAAGUCGGAUUUAUAUCCUCUUGUAACACGGGAUAUAAACCCUACAAACACGCACAAACAAUGCCUGAUUUUUCCAGAAUUCAAAUGAGAGAAGGGUUAGAUGAGUUUGGAGAUAUUGAGACAGAAAGAGAUAAAGUAUGUCCUGUCCUGAGUAUAAAUGGGUUUGAUGAGAAGAAAACGAGACACGUAGGAGACUCUAUAAAAUCUAAUAUCGUGGGAUUUAGCACUCAGCGCUUGAUUGAAACUAUUAGUCCCAUAUCCAGGUGCAAUACUUGUAUCCAGGAGUGUGUAUCCACUGUAUCUCCAGCCUGCUGUACGGGUAUCCGCUGUUGCUCCAGACAGAGUAUCCAGUUAUCCAACUGCUGUAUAAACCAUGGUAGUCUUCUGUGUCCAGUAUCCAACUGUUGUAUCCAAGAAGAGAGAAUUAUAUAUCCCUGCUGUAUUCAGAAAACGCAACCUGGCUCUGUAUCCUGUGUCUCAGGAUCACCUUUUGUAUCAUGCAGACCUGUAUCCUAUAUUCGAGAGGAACGAGGUGUAUCCACCAGUAGCAGUUCCCCGGAUAGUGGAUAUAGGGAUAGUUUUCAGGAUACAGGAUACAAGGCUAGUUUAAAGGAUAAAGGUGGACAGAAUACAGGAUACAGGGAUGCCGAAGAAGAUAUAAUAGAUCUAAGUAUAAAGGAUACAGCUAGGUUUGGUAACUAUCCAGGGUGUAGACAGCCUGUAGUACCAUCUAAUAUUUAUCUAGAUCAGAUAGAUCCACCAGUCUCACUUAGCAGUCACAAAGUCCAACAUGCUGUUCAGCAAAGAAACCCUUUACAAGGACACCAGCAAGAACACCCAGUUCAACAAGAACACCCUGUUCAACAAGAACAUCCUUAUCAACAAGAACACCCUGUUCACCAAGAACACUCUGUUCAACAAGAACACCAUUUUCACCAAGAACACCUUGUUCAAAAAGAACACCCCAUUCAACAAGAACACCCCGUUCACCAAGAACACUCUGUUCAACAAGAACACCAUUUUCACCAAGAACACCUUGUUCAAAAAGAACACCCCAUUCAACAAGAACACCCCGUUCACCAAGAACACCCUGUUCACCAUCCUUAUCAACAAGAACACCCUGUUAACCAAGAACACUCUGUUCAACAAGAACACCAUUUUCACCAAGAACACCUUGUUCAAAAAGAACACCCUGUUCAACAAGAACACCCUGUUCAACAAGAACACCCUGUUCAGUAUACAGAUGUGGAUUUUCCAGGAACAAUUGACAAAGAUAAACCCAAGAUUUUGGAGCGAAGUUUGAAGAAUCAGAAUAAUAAACUCUCCUCCCUGCCCAGUCAUCACGAUGACCCAGAGCAAUCAAGGACAAAACAAUCCUGCAAAUCAAUAUUCACAUUUGUCCCAAAUCCAGAAAAACCUGAACCCUAUCCUAGAGGGUCUAAACCUAAAUUAAGGGAAUCUGAAUCAAAUACUAGAAGAUCAGAUUCCAAUCCUAGGAAGUCUGAAUCCAAUCCUAGAGUAACUGAAUCCAAUUCCAAUAGUAGAUUAUCUGAACCCGACACUAGAGGACAUGAACCCCAUUCUAGAAAAGCUGAAUCUAAUCCUAGAUUAAAAGAAACAAUCUUGACUAAACCAAAGCAAAUGUCUCAAAAACCUGAAAUAAAAAGCUUGGACUUGUUUUCUGUGAAGACUGUUCCAGAACACGCAGAACGAAACUCCAACUCGGGGAAAAUUAUGUUUGACCAACCCAAUCCUUAUUCUCACACCGCCAGGCCAAAUCUCACUAAUUCCGAAGUUUACUCCGCCAAAACUGAACCCUACUCCGCCCUCACUCAAUCUUACUCCGCCAAAACUAAACCCUACUCCGCCCUCACUCAACCUUGCUCAGUCCCAAAUGACUCCUUCUCCACGAGGACGGAGAACUCUAAGCUAGAAGGUUGUGAAGACUCUGAUUCUAGUAGUGAGUCGGAAAUUGGAUUCAUCAUUGGAGUUCCAAGCAAACCGUGGAUACAGAUCUACAGGGCUACCGAUUUUCUUGAGACUGCAAUACGGAAAGACUCUUGCAAACAAGUUGGAGAGUUCAUUAACGAUACCUCUUCUUCGCGCGAUAAAGUCUCUUCUGCCGGCACUCCUCCGACUCCCCCCUAUCCUUCAUCACAGAAUCAGCCCCCUAGUUCUCAUCAAUCAUCUCGUCAAUUGUCAUUCACUUCUUUUGGUUUACCCAACCUUAGCGAGCCACCGAAACUCCGACCAAGACCAAAAUCAAUGCUAGAAUCAUCAAGAGUUAAACUGAGAGAACACCGAAGCACAGGAACUCUGGACCUCUGGACACAGCUAAGCACUUUAGAGUUUAAUCCUAAUUUAACCCCCCCUCUUAUACAUUCUAGUCCAUAUGUAAACAGAGGACCAAGGAAACAUGCUAGUUCGUCUUCUCUCCGCCAGGAACCGCUAGCAUCACCAGAUAUCCAGUUGACCCAUGAGUCAUUGCAGCCACCAUUAACAGAACAUGAGAUUAUCAAAACCUUGAAGAAAAAUGCGGAUAAUCACACAUUUUUGACCCUAUGCUGUGAUGAGCUUCUGCUAGUUGAUCCCUUCAGCUUUAACCAGCUACAAGCAGACCCCUCAACCUGUAACCAGCUACAAUCUGACCUUUUCACCUGUAACCAGCUGCAAGCUGACCCUUCCAUCAGUAACCAACUACAAGCAGAACCUUCCAGCUCUAACCAGCUACAAGCUGACCCCUCCAGCUGUAACCAGCAACAAGCUGACCCCUCCUCCUGUAUCAAGAUGAACUCCGACUCCUCCAGCAGUAAUCUGCUCCUGGAGAACAUAAUAUCUCUCUCUAACUCCUUAUCCUCUCCUCCUGUUUUGUUCACCACUGAACAGGACCAUCUAUACCUCCUGCUCUCUAGUAUCCUCAAUUCGAACAGUAAACCAUAUAUAUCUGGUCUAGUCUGCAUCAUAGACUCUUUACAAACAGAAGACAAGUGCGUUGAGAUAGAGAUCUUUCUCAUUAGAGAUCAUUCCAUCGAGAUUAAAGUCAACAUUUCUAAGCACAACAACAUUAGCAACAACAACAACAACAACAACAACAUCAAAAACAACAAUAAGUUUAAUGAUAAUUGUAGCAAAAACAGACACUGCAUCGAUCACACUGAUAGCAUUAAGAGAAGAUUGAACCUGACUGAGACGAUAUCCAGUUCUAAAGUGCUGAACUUUUAUGAUGACGAGUGUUCUAGGCCCCGCCCUACCCGCCCUACCCACCCAACCCACUCUACAAUACCGUCUUAAAUAUCAAGCUCCAGGUCAUACUUCCCAAACCUCUAAUUUUAGUCCUCUAACACCAACUUCUCAUCCUUCUCCGAUAUUCAUUCCCAACCAUCACUCUUCCACUCCAUCCCUUCCAUCCACUCCACCUCCAGUUCCAUCCCGUCCUCCUCCUCCACUUACACCUACUUCACCGACCUUCCUCUCUGGCCCCUCCCCCUCCCCCUCCCCUACCCAGUGUGACACAGACUUGAAGUUCACAGAUUGGAACACUGCGCUAGAUAUGUUUGGAAUACUGGGAAUAGAUCUAGAACGGAUAUACUUCUGUAUCCUGGAUAUCUUGGAUAUUCUCAGCCUCAACCAAGAUCCGGAGCUGGAGGUUGACCCAAUCCGUCCUGCUCUUCUCUCCCAGCUUGCAGGACACCUUGGAGUCAGUCCUGAAACCCUAGAAUUAACCUUAGCAGCUGAACAACAGAGUGUUCCACCCAGCCUGCCUGACAAGCGGUCUUAUAUAAUAAGUGGAGGAGUAAAGAUAGAUUACAAGUUCCCAAAGUAUGGAAACCUUAAACAUAGGCCUUGA